AUGUUCAGCUGGUCCCGCAAUCUUCGUCCACUCCAUCAAGCACCUCCAAUACCAACGCACCACACUACCACAAACUUCAGCUCCAAACCACCCAGAAUGCCUGCCAUCAACGUUUCCCUGAAGGACAAAAACGGCGAUGUCAGCAAGCUUGAGGAGGCCAAGAAGCAAGUCACCAAGCAAGGCGGCAAGAUCAUCAGUGACUUCACCUUGAUUAAGGGUUUCACUGCCGAGAUCCCAGCCGACAAAGUCCACACGCUGUCCUCGAACGACCACAUCAACGUCGAGAACGACGGCGAAGUUACUACGCAAUGA